CAAUUGUUCGCCAGCAACUGCCUUGGGCCAAAGGCUGGGUCCUUCAAGCUCCCAAGCUAUCUUCAACCACAUUUAUCUCCUAUUUGUAUGGCUCAUUCGCCUUCCCUUGUCCCAUGAGUCGAAACCACUCCCCCAUCUGCAUCUGCCUGUCCGGCCAUGUUAGCGCCGCCACCUCAGGCCCGUCGGCCUGUUCUACCGACCAGCAUCUCGACUCCUUCACUUCCCUCAAAAACCAUAAGACCUCAGCCUAUGCACCGGAGAUCAACCCUGAAGCGAUCAAUCGAUGAAACCAGUUUCAUGGAGCCGCCUUCAAGCCCCUCCAAACGCUCUCGCGUGACUUUUGAUUCCGAUGUCGAAAUUGUGUCCGCAGACGAUGACGAGGACCUGGAUCCCCUGGUUGUCAAAGAACAAGUGCGGAGAGCAAUUGAAAGACAUCGCUUUAGAGAAGACGAGGCAUACGAACGUGUGAAGGGUUAUUUCAAUACCUCGCCCGACAAACCAAACGCACCGUCUACAAAGGUGCUCAAGUUUCACCUUCAGGCUAUCCUAGCCAAUGUCACGUCACUCGAUAAAGACUGCAGUGGUCUGGUCGAUGCGGUCCUGAAUAGCGAAUGGGUGGGAAGAGAUGAUCAGUAUUAUGCGAUUUUUGUCAGAUUCCUCAAUAACCUGGCUGCUGCGCAACGCGGCUAUCAGCGCAAGAUCAUGUCGGUCCUGGUAGAUCUUCUGGGACCUCAAAAAACACGACGGAUCGAAAACUCCACCGCUGUCAGACAAGGAAAGAUCCAUCGGCGAGUUCUGCAAGCCAUUCAACACAUCACCGUCAAUGUUCCUUCCUCUCCCGCCGCCCUUGCCGAUCGAAUCGCGUCCCGCCUCCAGUUUGAUUUUCAAAAGGCAGAUGAGCGCAUGACAUACAUCCGAAACUUCAUGGAGAUGAUCAAAUAUGUGCCCGAGCUCACAUCGGAAAUCCUGACAUGUGUCUUGCGAGAACUCAUCAAGCUCGACGUCUCAGUUCAGGUUGACCUCGACGAAGAAGAGGAGGAUGUCGAAGACGAUUUGCUGAGCCACAUGUCCUCGUCGCAGAUACUAGUUGCGCGCUCCUCUCAGGACAUGCUUGCUGGCGGGCUUGAUGAUCAGAGUGAUGAUAUAAGCACCAGUGACGAAUCUGAGAUGGACGAAGAUGAGGGUACUGAUCCUGCCACCGCUCGACGGCGUAAGUUGAAGGAGGAUAUCAAGCAGGUCGACCUGAUCAUGGACAUUAUGUUCCAAUAUUACGCCAAACUCACCACUUCGGCCGCACUCCAAACUCGCGAUAAUGCCGUUGAGCAGCUGAUUUCCCAAUUCCACACCCACAUCCUCCCAACAUACCGGGCCCGUCAUCCGCAAUUCUUGGUCUUCCACUUCGCCCAAGCAGACCCUAUCAUCGUCGAUCGUUUCGUCACAUCUUGUGUCGCUGUUCUUGUUGACAAGAAACAGCCGCAUCUCCUCCGACACAGCGCUGCUGCCUAUUUCUCAGGCUUCGUCGGCCGCGGUGCCCACGUCUCGCCUCAGGUGGUGCACGAUUGCUUGGACUUGCUCUGCGACCAUCUGACCAUCUUGCGCAAAUCGUACGAGCCUACAUGUCGCGGUCCGGACUUGAAGCGCUACGGCGAUUUCUAUGCCGCCUUCCAAGCAAUCUUGUACAUUUUCUGCUUCCGCUGGCGAGACAUUGCCUCCGCCACUUCCGACGACGAAUCGGACCUGGACCUCGACGAGGAUGAGGUUGAGACAUACCAUUUUGCCGAAUCGCUACGCGAAUCGCUUCGAGCGGCGAUCUACUCCCCACUCAAUCCUUUGCGCGUCUGCACCCCAGUCAUCGUCGAGCAAUUCGCCAAGUUGACUCAUGCGCUACAACUCUUCUAUGUCUAUCCGAAACUCGAGGAGAACAGACAUGUGCGAGUCACCGGUCAUUGGCGCGGCGCAUCUGACUUGACCAUCAGCAACCCAGAUCGGGAUUUGAGCUGGGUCGGAGACAAUGGAAUGCUGGAAGGAUAUUUUCCGUAUGACCCCUACCACUUGCCCAUCAGCAAGCAUUGGAUCGAGGGGGACUAUGUGGAGUGGAAAGGCAUUCCUGGGGAGGAAGCCGAGGACACGGAUUCCGAAGACGAUGCAGGUAUGGAUGUUGGAGGGGUGGACGAGGAUGACCACCUUGGUCACGAAUCAGGCGAGGAGUGAGUGUGCACAUCCUUCACUUGCAAGAUGGUUAUGUGUGUCAUGACGUGGAAAGGCACUAUCCUCGCACGGCGUCACGAGAAUUGACUGGGUGUCGGGGAAUGGCGUAUUUAUGCUUUGUUUGGGAUGUAGCGUUCAAGCGUGCUUUGAAGACAAUUGUUUGCAUACACCAAAAGUCGGAGGAUAUCAAGAAUGGGCGGCACGCUGCUGGCUGGACGAAGUAGAUCUGUGCGUGUCCCAGAAGAAAUCUACUCUAGAAUUGAUGGAUUUGAGUUGGCCUAGCUUUCAAUCGCGUCACAAAUUGGACGAUAAUGGGCUCUCUAAAGGCCUCUCUUGAGGAUUCGUUUCAGAUUCGGGGAAAGCGCCGACUCUCUGCUAAUGGGAGUGAUUCUGCAUUAAUCCCGGCCCUUGCACGAGGAAUGGAAGGAAAUGAAACCAACGCAUUGCUCCUGUGAUCGAAAGACAAAGCCGAGAACUGAG